CGAGCUCCCUCAACGGGCCACUAGGGGGGCACCCAGCCGGAGCUCCCUCAACGGGCCACUAGGGGGCACCCAGCCGGAGCUCCCUCAACGGGCCACUAGGGGGGCACCCAGCCGGAGCUCCCUCAAUGGGCCACUAGGGGGCACCCAGCCGGGGCCGGGGGGACAGCGCCCCGCCCUGGGAGCAGCGGGGGCAUUUCCUAGACAGGAUUUUAAUGCUCCGGCCGUGGCCCAGAGCGACGGCGGCUCCGCGGCUCCGAGGCUGCUGCCGGCCCCCCCGCCCCGGGGCCCUCGGCAGCAGCGGUGGGGGUGGGGGGUGGGGCGGCAGGGAGAGGGCGGAGCCUCGCUGCCCAACCGCAGCACGUCCGCACUUCUGUGCACACGUCGACACGAGGCGCGAGCUGCGCCGACCCGCCGCACACCUGAGACCCAGCACCUGCGUUGCACGCACACUGCAUACACUGCGCACGCAUACGCACACAGCGAAUACACACAUGCUGCACACGCACUGCACACACCACACACGCACUGCACGCACACACACUGCAUAUACGCACACGGAACAUACCACACACACGCACUGCACACACUCACUGCACGCACACUGAACACACCACGCACUCACUGCACGCGCGCGCACUGCAUAUACGCACACGGAACAUACCACACACACACUGCACGCACACACUGCAUAUACGCACAUGAAACAUACCGCACAUGCACUGCACACACACUGCGCACACUCACUGCACGCACACUGAACACACCACACACUCACUGCACACGUGCACACUGCAUAUACGCACACGGAACAUACCGCACACGCACUGCACACACUCACUGCACGCACACUGAACACACCACACACUCACUGCACGCGCGCACACUGCAUAUACGCACACGGAACAUACCACACACACACUGCACACGCACUGCACACACUCACUGCACGCACACUGAACACACCACGCACUCACUGCACGCGCGCACACUGCAUAUACGCACACGGAACAUACCGCACACGCACUGCACGCACACACUGCAUAUAUGCACAUGGAACAUACCGCACACACACUGCACACGCACUGCACACACUCACUGCACGCACACUGAACACACCACACACGCACUGCAUGCACACACUGCAUAUACACACACGGAACAUACCGCACACGCACUGCACACACUCACUGCAUGCACACUGAACACACCACACACGCACUGCACGCGUGCACACUGCAUAUACACACACGGAACAUACCACACACACACUGCACGCACACACUGCAUAUAGCACAUGGAACAUACCGCACACACACUGCACACACACUGCACACACUCACUGCACGCACACUGAACACACCACACACUCACUGCACGCGUGCACACUGCAUACACACACGGAACAUACCACACACACACUGCACGCACACACUGCAUAUAUGCACAUGGAACAUACCGCACACACACUGCACACGCACUGCACACACUGCACGCACACACUGCAUAUACGCACAUGGAACAUACCACACACGCACUGCACACGCACUGCACACACUCACUGCACGCACACUGAACACACCACACACUCACUGCACGCGCACACUGCAUAUACGCACACGGAACAUACCGCACACACACUGCACACUCACUGCACACACUCACUGCACGCACACUGAACACGCCACACACACACUGCACGCGCGCACUGCAUAUACGCACACUGCUCAUGCACGCACGCACGCACACGCACUCUGCAGCCGCACACUGCCAUGCACUGCACACUCACUCCACACCCACACUGUGCUCACGGCAUGCUAUGCGCACAGCCCACUGACACACGGCAGGUGGACACUGCUCACGGACCCCUGGACACUGCACACUGAUUGCAGGAAUAGGGCGCACUGUAUGGGCACUGCACGUGUGUACUUCACACGCACUGCACUGCACAGAGAUGCGCUACACUGUGUGUACCCAGGCAGGCACGCGCACACACCCACGGCACCCUCACUGCCCAUCCACUGCACAGGGACACACGGUGCCCUCACUGCCCAUUCACUGCACAGGGACACACGGCGCCCUCACUGCCCACUCACUGCACAGGGACACACGGCGCCCUUACUGCCCACUCACUGCACAGGGACACACUGCCCCCUCACUGCCCAACCACUGCACAGGGACACACGGCGCCCUCACUGCCCACUCUCUGCACAGGGACACACGGCGCCCUUACUGCCCAGCCACUGCACAGGGACACACGGCGCCCUCACUGCACAGGGAUACACGGCGCCCUCACUGCCCACUCACUGCACAGGGACACACGGCGCCCUCACUGCCCACCCACUGCACAGGGACACACGGCGCCCUCACUGCCCACUCACUGCACAGGGAUACACUGCACCCUCACUGCCCACUCACUGCACAGGGACACACGGUGCCCUCCCUGUGCACACGACACAGCCGUCACCCGGCACCUGGACGUCGCCAAGCCCCUGCAUGCCCGCCCACACCCCCACGGCACAAUCACGGCACCCACGUGCCCGCACGAGGGCCCUCGGGGGGGGGCUGCCGCAGCGGGCCAGCUCCGAGACCUGCCACGCGGGUCUGACGCGCGCCGGCCGGCGGUGGGGAUGGGACCCACGGGGUACAUGUCCCCGCCCGGCUCACUCUGGUGUUCCUGAUCUCUGGCACCCCGACACCCCGCGGGGGUGGGGGGGGCAGGUUGUCACCCGCCCAACCCCCCUGAGCCUGGCCGGCGGCCCCGGCUGGGGGGUUUCUGGCCACUUAUAAAAGACAUUUUUUUAGUGUU